UAGAAAAAAAUGAAUUUUGAAGAGGUUGUUAGUGAGACCACUAACAGUAGUAACUCACAGUUCUGGAACGCCAUUGGGAUUUGGAUGAGAAAUCCUCAUGUUGUUAAUCGUCGGAUCCUAGCAUCUCAAGAGCUAUUAACGGUUCAACUCAAUCGUGACGUUUUAGAUAUUUUCGAACAUGUUGAAAGACUGAAAAUCCAACCUGAUGAUUUUGAGUGCGACUCAUCCUCAGGAGAUGUAAAAUAUUUAUUAGACACUUUAGAUAUUGCGGAAUAUUGCCAAGUUCAAUGUACUGCAGACUGUACUGAUCCAAUCGGGACUGUGAACGAUAAGAUUUAUCUAUGCGUGAAAAAAUUACUGCCUCGAAACACACAAAUAUUCUCGCCUACGUUAGAAUUCGUAUUUAUUGAUAAAAAAUCGAUUAGCGUUACCAGUUUUCACAAACCGAUUGUCCUAGGUAAACAAUCUCUGGGUCUGAAUACAGCCUACAGGAUACAGCAUCAUGAAUAUGCAUCUACAUGUAUAAACGUAUGUAAAUCGAAUGAUAAUUACAGCAGAAACUGCGAUUGGCUCAAGUCUAAAUUCUUUCCACGAUUGAUAAAAUGGAUAAACAAUGAAAACGAUAACGUCGGUCCGAGGAUCAGUUCCCUUAGUCUCAUCUCUGUUGAGAAGUAUACCUUGUUAUACAAUCGACUGAAAGAGAAAUACGGCAUGGGAAUGGUGAACGUGUGGCCGGAAAACACCGACCCGGCGAAGUUCGUUUACGAGGAUGUCGCGAUUGCUACUUACCUCUUAUUACUCUGGGAGAAGGAGAGACUGGAAAAGGGAGUAAAGGAGUUGCAAUCAUUCGUUGAUCUCGGCUGCGGAAAUGGCCUUCUCGUCUACAUCUUGUCUAGCGAAGGUCACACAGGGACAGGGAUCGAUUUACGCAGAAGAAAGAUCUGGGACCUAUUUCCAAAGAGCACUCAUUUACAAGUCAGCACAAUCAUUCCAUCCUCAGAUACAGUCUUUCCUAAUGUAGACUGGAUCAUAGGGAAUCAUUCAGACGAACUCACCCCGUGGAUUCCCGUAAUCGCUGCGCGCAGUUCCUAUGAGUGCCGAUUCUUCUUAUUGCCAUGUUGCGCCUACGAAUUCGAUGGUAGCAAGUAUCGACGAUGCAACGCUGCCGAAAGUCAGUACUCAGAGUACAUGUCCUAUGUUAAAAGCGUUUGCGAGGGUUGCGGCUUCUUCACAUUAGUGGACAGAUUGCGAAUCCCAUCGACCAAGCGGACUUGUUUCGUCGGAUGGAAGAGAACUUACACAAAGGAGAAUAUCGCGGCGCUGGAUGCCGAUAUUCAGAGGAUUAUAAAUGCGAGGUCCCAGGUGAAGAGUGUAAGAACUGACGCGGGAAACAGCGAACUGUGGUCCGCGAGUUUCAAACCGAGGGACUCGACAGAACAAACACGGAAUUGUACACAAUUGGAUAAAGGACUAAUCCUUGAGAUAGUCAAUAUAGUUGUGGCACAUCUCCUUCGCGUGAAUCGCAGAAUACCGUUGGAACGGAAACCUGGUAAAACGUGGAACGCCGGCGGACAGAUCGGCAUCGGUGAGAUGGCGAAGCUGAUCGCGCCUGGGAUACUGCAACAGCUACGAAACGAGUGCGGCGGGUUGCAAACCUUAUUGAAGAAUCACAGUCACAUCUUCUGCGUUGCUCAGGGAAAGGUGCAGUUUAGAAUUCCCGGCAUUAUUGACAAGAAGAAAAAGAGGAGGAAGAAUGCUAGCACACCUUUAAAGAAGGUGAAACCUUGUUGGUUUUACAAGAACCAUCCCGACGGGUGUCCCGCUCUCGAAAUCGACUGUGACUUCCAGCAUUAAGUUUCUCUUGUUUUGUUAUUUUAUAUUGAGAAGUUUUAUGUACUUAUCUAUGUUGAAUCAAACAAGUAUGUAAC